UCUCACACAGUUUGAUAAAUCUGGGAUUAAGUUUAUCGAUGUGUCUUAUUGCUUUGGGGCCACACAGAAGACACAUACCGCCCCCAACAUGUAGAAAUAGGGAACUGCUACUGCCUGCUGUGAGCUCCUCCAGCCAGAGCGGGCGUGUCCGUGCAGAAUGACCUGUGUUCAGGACACUCCCUCCGCUCCGUGUAAUGAGGAGGGGCCAAAGGUCGCUCCAAUCGGAAAUUACCCGACCAUCAGCACGUACAUUCCUGGGUACACUGGCUGCCUGGCCGCUACCGCAGCUGUAUUACCAAGGCAGCCUUCAUAGCAUCUGCUGAUCCAUACACAGCAGCUGAACAUGUCGUCGCCAGAUCUGGAGAAGCUCCGGAUGUCAGGAGCCGGGAAGGCUAUAGCUGUGCUGACGAGCGGAGGGGAUGCCCAAGGAAUGAAUGCUGCAGUCCGCGCUGUAACUCGGAUGGGUAUUUACGUUGGAGCUAAAGUUUUUCACAUAUAUGAGGGAUAUGAAGGCUUGGUUGAAGGUGGUGAUUGCAUCAAACCAGCAAAUUGGCUAAGUGUGUCAAACAUAAUCCAGUUGGGUGGUACUAUCAUUGGCAGUGCUCGGUGCAAAGCUUUUAGGACACAUGAAGGACGUUUGACUGCAGCCUAUAAUCUUGUUCAGCAUGGUAUAACAAAUUUAUGUGUCAUUGGUGGUGAUGGAAGUUUGACUGGAGCAAAUAUAUUUCGGAAGGAGUGGGGAGGUUUGCUUGAAGAGUUGGUUAAAGAAGAAAAAAUAACUGAAGAUGUUGCUGCAAAAUAUUGUCAUUUAAAUAUUGUUGGGCUGGUGGGCUCCAUUGACAAUGAUUUCUGUGGUACCGAUAUGACAAUUGGUACGGAUUCGGCUCUGCACAGGAUUAUGGAGGUUAUUGAUGCAAUCACUACUACUGCACAGAGCCACCAGAGGACAUUUGUGCUUGAAGUCAUGGGAAGGCAUUGUGGGUAUUUAGCAUUAGUGUCAGCUUUGGCAUCUGGAGCUGACUGGCUAUUUAUUCCAGAAUGUCCUCCUGAAGAAGGCUGGGAAGAUGUCAUGUCUUCAAGGCUUGGAGAGUCUCGAAGUCGAGGUUCAAGACUAAACAUCAUUAUUAUUGCUGAAGGAGCCAUUGAUAGGAAUGGGGAGCCAAUUACUUCUAGUUAUGUGAAAGAGCUGGUUGUUCAACGCUUGGGCUUUGAUACUAGGGUCACUGUUCUUGGACAUGUGCAGAGAGGAGGAACCCCAUCAGCCUUUGACAGAGUUUUGAGCAGUAAAAUGGGCAUGGAAGCAGUUAUUGCUUUGAUGGAAGCCACUCCAGAAACUCCAGCCUGUGUGGUUAGUCUGUCUGGUAACCAGUCAGUGAGGCUUCCAUUAAUGGAGUGUGUUCAAGUGACAAAAGAUGUGCAAAAAGCUAUGGAGGAGCGAAAGUUUGAGGAAGCAAUUCAGUUACGAGGAAGGAGUUUUGAAAAUAACUGGAACAUUUUCAAGCUGCUUGCACAUCAGAAGACACCUGAAGAGAAGAGCAACUUCAGUAUUGCAAUUCUGAAUGUUGGUGCUCCUGCUGCUGGAAUGAAUGCUGCUGUCCGGUCUGCUGUGAGAAUUGGCAUCUCUGAGGGCCAUAAGAUUUACACUGUAAAUGAUGGAUUUGAAGGGCUGUCAAAAGGACAGAUUAGUGAAGUAGGGUGGCAUGAUGUUGCUGGUUGGCUAGGCCGCGGUGGCUCAAUGUUGGGAACAAAAAGAACAAUUCCAAAGACGUGCAUGCAGAGCAUUGUGGAAAACAUAAGAAAAUAUAGUAUCCAUGCUCUUUUGGUCAUUGGUGGAUUUGAGGCUUACGAAGGAGUAUUGCAGCUUGUUGAGGCACGGGAACAAUAUGAAGAACUUUGCAUCAUCAUGUGUGUUAUCCCUGCAACUAUCAGCAACAAUGUGCCAGGAACAGAUUUUAGUAUUGGUUCAGACACUGCUGUUAAUGCAGCCAUGGAGAGCUGUGAUCGCAUUAAACAGUCUGCUUCUGGCACAAAGCGACGUGUCUUCAUUGUGGAGACCAUGGGAGGAUACUGCGGCUAUCUUGCUACAGUGGCAGGUAUAGCUGUUGGUGCUGAUGCGGCUUACGUUUAUGAGGAUAAAUUCGACAUUCAUGACUUAAAGUCUAACGUGGAGCACCUGACCGAAAAAAUGAAGACUGAUAUUCAGAGAGGACUUGUUCUGAGAAAUGAGAAAAGCCAUGACUACUAUACCACAGAAUUUUUGUAUCAUCUGUAUUCAGCUGAAGGAAAGGGCAUUUUUGACUGCCGUACAAAUGUUCUUGGACACUUGCAACAGGGUGGGGCACCAACCCCUUUUGAUCGAAAUUAUGGAACAAAACUUGGAGUCAAGGCAGUGUUGUGGAUUUCUGACAAACUUGGAGAGUCUUAUCGAAGGGGUCGUAUAUUUGCUAAUUCUCCGGACACAGCCUGUGUUAUAGGUCUGAAGAAGAAAGUUGUGGCUUUCACAUCUGUUUGUGAUUUGAAAAAAGUAACUGACUUUGAGCACAGGAUGCCAAAAGAGCAAUGGUGGCUGAAUCUGCGUCUGAUGCUAAAGAUGUUGGCCAACUAUCAAAUCAGCUUAACAGAAUAUGUCUCUGGAAAGAUAGAGCAUGUCACUCGCAGGACUCUAAGCAUCGAAAAAGGGUUUUGAUUUGUCUAAGAAGCAAUAUUCUUGUACUCAGAUAUAAAAAAAUAUUAAUGCUACACAUAAUGAUUGCUAUGACUCUUCCCUUUUUAAAUAUUUAGUGUUAGAUCUAGUUUGAAUAAUAAAACAUGUUACC